AUGAAAGAUCCAAAGCUACCUUGUGUUUUGAUAAGUGGUUAUGAAGAUCUAUAUAGUGUGAAUAAAGAUCAUGUAGGGGAUCUUAAGAAACAUUUUAAUCUCAUCACCAUGCAAGAAUUUCUUGAAAACAAACCAAAUUUCAGUCAAAAGAUAAAAGCAAUAUAUGUAUGGGGAGGGAAACCAUGGAUUGACCAGGAGCUCCUGCAGAGCUUGCCUACCUUGAAGAUUAUUGCAAAUUUAGGAGCAGGCCUGGAUCAUCUGGACCUGAACAUGAUUGCCAGCUUUGGUGUGAAACUGGCCAACACUAAACAUGCUGUUACUAAUAGCACUGCAGAUAUGGGAAUGGCCUUACUUCUGGCAUCAGCCCGGAGGUUAUUAGAAGGUUAUGAGGUAGCUACUUCACCAGACACUAAGUCUUUUUCUAUUAACUGGAUGGGACAAGAAGUGACCGGAUCUACUCUGGGAAUCAUAGGUAUGGGCAAAAUUAGCAUUAAGGUUGCUCAGCGAGCCAAAGGAUUUGAAAUGAAGAUUCUGUAUCACAAUAGGAACCGCAGUCUUCCCGGCUACAAGGCCAGCUCUCUAAGCCCAACGUCCUGUGUCAGAGCCCGAGAGUUGGAGAAAGAAAAGACCUCUUUCCACCUGGGCCAGGAAGGACAGCUCAGCGACACCGCAGCUGUUAGUAACCAAUGGGCGGGUUACCCUCCGCGGUUUUGGGAAGCACCCAUCAUGAGCCUGCCUCUUUUCCUUCCCCUUCCUCCCUUUCAUAUCCCUUGGAAAGACUGGAGUGAGAGCGCCUGCCUGACGGAGGGAGAAGUGGGGGCGGGAGACGAGAAAAUAGACGAAUUGUAG